CGCUAGGCAACCUGAUCUACACAAACUCCUGGCCCGCGGUCAAUAUGGCGGCGCAGGGCGCCACCUGGAGCCCCCCGUCCGAGGGGUCUCCCUCAUCCGUGUCUCCGCCAGAACAGCCUCCGACCCCGUCCUCGACCUCAGGCACAGUUUCCAAGUCGCCCCUGGAGUCGAAGCUGAGCACCCCGAGCCCGCUGCUUCGCUGGCCCUGUCCCGAGGACUCGCUACCCACCGCCGUGUUUUAUGGGCCGUUGGACGCGAAGAACCCGCUGCUAGCUUCUUGCGAGAAGGACAUCCGCGAGCUCUUAGGCUUUAUGAAGAAGAAGGCUUUAGCGACAUCGGAGGAACAGAAGCAUGAGUUCCGCCGGCGUUGUGCCACCACUUUGUUCAAUAUCUGGACCAAAUACGCCCCCCGGCUGCCAGCUGACUACUACAAUGAAAAGCUCCUGAAGGUUGGAGAUAGCCUUUGUCGCAUGAAAGAAUAUAAACUGGCCCUUUUGCAGUGCUAUGGGAGAUAUCUUCAGCAGUUUGCUACCCAUUUUGAUGAGAAUAAAGCAGAUGUGAAUCAAUUCAAAGCUGUCUUUUUCCCAAAAGGCUUUGGAGAUAAAACUGCUGGACUUACAUUUCAUGCUUUGUCUGGCAAAAAUAUUUGCAACUACCAGCUGGUCUGUGACAGCGAUGUGAACCUGCAGAACAAGGACUCGGUGAGCCAGUGUCUGCAGAUCUUGUCCUCCUUAAGGCUCAUCAUGCAGGCGGCUCUGCCCCAGGAGCGUCUUUGCUGGAUUGUCUUCAACGGUACCAUUUACAUUUACACCAUUUGCAGAAAACUGAUGAUCAUAGGUUAUUCUUCCAAGGCCUUGGAAUUCCUGCUGUGGGCCAGUGUGUGCAUGGAGUCCUCCGUCCCCCUCCUGGCUGUCAGGUACCUGACCUGGAGAGCCACCCUCUACACCGCUGUGUGCCAGUGCUACCACGACUGCCAAGCCGGGCUCCACGGGGAGGCAUUUGCUCGGCGUGCUUUAGCCAAAAUUGAUGAGUUAAGGCAAAUGGAAUUAAUGAGUUCCUCACAAUCGCAGGAUGAAUCCAGAAGACAUUACAGAGAGGCCACGAUAAAGAUGGCAGUGAUGAUCUUCAAAAGAGGAGUAUUUGAAUCUCGGAGAAAAAACAAAGCUUAUUUUAGACCAAAGACGAGAGUUAACCUCAAGGAAACACAGAGUUUGCCCUGGCCACGGACCUCCACGGAACGGCUGUUGGAUGAGAUGUUCGAUGGCACCGCAUCCCGUUUUCUGGCUGUCUUGGAAGCUCUUUCGGAUUCAAAUCGGCGAAUAUUGCAAACUGGGCCUCUUGUUACCGACGAAGUGGAGCUUCGCGAUGUUGUCUCAGAGCUGUUUAUGGCGGGAAAGGAACUUUUAAUAAUUUCAAAUACUGGCACGCAUGGAAUGCUUGAUUUCCCAGAAACAUCUCUUUGGGAACUUAUGAUAGAAAGAAAAAAUAUUAUUUCUAUGGAUGCUGCUGUGAAAUUUAUAAAAUUGGCUUUUACUUAUGAAGAAUGGGGCUUAUUUGAGUCUUCAGCCGAGCAGCUUUCUUCUUUUCUCCAGAGGCAGGAUGAUCCAGAAGCAAAGAAAGCAGAGAAGGACUUAACGCUUUUGCUCGCCAUAGAACCUCUAAUCAAUGUGAGGAGAAAUAAGGGCUUGAUCUUUCCUUUGGAAAACUAUAAAGAAGGACAGGCAAUUCAGCUGUAUUUGAAAAAUAUUACUUUUGAUGAUACUUUUAUGAAGAUUUGUGGAUAUUCAGAAGAUAUUUUUCAUUUGGCGGCAAUCCUGUAUUUCUGUGUCUGUGCCUCUCCCCAGAAUGUUCAACCUGAUAAAGAAAUCGUUGUGGACAUGAUAAUGUUCUUAUGGCAGAAAUGCAAACUAGGAAUUCAUCGGAUCAGUUUGUCCAGAAAUGACUAUACAAAAGUCUCCCAGAAAAUCAGUAGUAACAAAUGGGUUUAUCUUAUGUGGCAGAUAAAUGAAGUGAUUCACGCCUUUAAAAUGGAAGACUUUGAUAUUGUGGUGGUGGCGGAGGUCACGUUGAGAUUGACCGAAAUAUUAGAGUUUUUAGGAAGCCCACCAAGAAAAUUUAAAAAGUCUCUAGACACACCAUUAAGAAAAGGAUUUGAGGAACUCCCGGGGACUCCAAAAGGGAUCCUGGAAGUUCUUCCAAUAUUAAAGAAAAAACCCUUGGAACAGUUGUUUUUUGCUUAUGAGCUACUCGACAAAGCAAUUGGUAGAACAAAUUUGAAUUGCUUGUUAACUGCUUUGCCAAAUGGAUCAUCAGUGAUUGACCACUGCUAUGUCAAGUGUUCCCAUGAUGGAGAUGGAGACACUUACAAACCAAUCUCUGAAAAUAGCUUCAUGAUGGAUUUGCAUCUUGAACUAAUUCAAGCUCAACACCGAAUAGCCGUUCUACUUCUUGACCAGUUGCAAGUUUUGCAGACUUCUUCUUUUAGCAAAAAUAUUUCUACCAAAGGUAUAGAGAAGUUGAAACAGUCUGGAAACAUUGAUUGCUUUACAGAAUUAAGCAUAAUGAAUAAAAUAAAGAAAAAUAAACUAUCCAAAGCAAUUUACCUAAUGCAGAAAGGUCUUUUAAUAUUUGAGAAUGAUCCAGCUUCCACAUCUUCAUGGAACUUUUUGAUGGAAGCAUACUCUUUAAUUGAGAAGACUGAGGCAGAACAAAAUGCAUUGUAUUCAUAUCAGAAGUAUUUGCAAAGUUCAAAAAUAAAGAAAAGCAGACUCCCUCCUCCACCUAUCCUGCUAUCCAGAACUCACUGCUCCGUGACCCUCAAACCUGCUCCAUUUAUUUCAGAUGCUGAGGUGUCCUGGUACUGCAUUUUGGGUUGUAAAGCAGAAGGGAGUUAUGGAAAAGUGAGACUAAACAAUAAUCAUCUCCCAAACUCAGGAGAAGCGAUACCAGCUGAUGGUAAAAGCAUUUUUGAAGUGAAAGGUUUAGAAGCUAAUGAAAAAUACAUAUUUGCAAUUGCUGCUUAUUCUUCUGAUGGGAAGCUCGUCGGCAAUGCAGUUGGGGAGACAACGAAGCCGAUUCUGGUUUAUCCAUCUCUUUCUGCUGUUACUGCUCGGAUGUAUCUGACACAGGUUGCCUAUCAGAUUGGUCACUAUGAGUUGGCUAAGAAAGUUUUCUCCCCAGUUUGGGAUUAUUUUGUUGCUUCUCCAUCUCAGGAUGAACAAUCCUAUGUUUCAUUAAGCAAUGUCAUGAUGAUUACACAGAGAAGAUUACAUUCAGAUAUUUUGGCAGAGACUUCGUCCAUCCUCCUAUACCUUUUUCUAAGAAAUAUCUUUUUAACAAGUGACAUCAAAAUUAAAGAAGAAAAUCUUUUCUGUGAUAAUAUUAAAGGCAAUGAAAUUUUCCCCGCUCAACAAAUUGCUAGACUGGUGGAAUGUGAGAGGGUACUAGUGGCCUUGGAACUCAGCAACUUCCUAAAUGAUUCCAAUUAUGCCCUUCAAGCUGUGACUCAAUGCUAUGGCCUUCUCGCUCCCAUCAUAUAUCACAAUAUUGCUUUGGUACCUGUGGUACAGAUCUUGAUAAAGUGUAUGGUGGUUUUGCAAGGACUGCCCGAUAUUGUCUACUUGAAGAAACAUAUUUCGAGUUUUGAAAGUGUACAGCACAUGAUAGCUUGUUGUAUCUUCUAUUUAACAAAGAUUCUACGCUCAUGGAAGGAAUAUGACCUAGCAGUAGCGAUUAUAAAUUACGGAAAAAAGAUGUUGGACAUCACACCCGCAUGCAAAUCAUUAUUUGGUAAAAGUGAACAAGAGGACACGCUAGAGGAGUCCUCUUCUUCUAAGAAACCUUUAAAAACUAAGAAGCCACAGCAGAUAUUGUCGCCGGAAAAAAUAAAUGAACAACUGGCCUUGUUGGAGACACAUCUACUCAAGCUGACAAAACAAUAUGCAGUACCUGAACUCUCAGGAACCGAGGACCCUAUCUUUCUCUACUCUGUGGUUUUGAACUGGUCAGUGAAAGGUGCUGUGAAAGAAGUAAUGAAGUUUAAGCAAAGACCCAGAUUCCUGGAAUUCUUUACACACAUUAUGCUUAAAUGCAUAAAUGAAGAAAAAUUUCACCUCAUGUUGGAGAUAACAACACCUGUCUGUGACUUCAUGAAAAGGAGGAAUGAGUCCUUACUUGGAAUAAGAAAAUUGAAAAUUAAGGAUGGUGCUAUUAGUGGAAAGACCAGCACUCAUUUGAAGUUCAAAGCUACAGCAGUAGAAUUUGUAACAAGUACAGAAACGACAUCAAGGAAAAGAAAUAAAAGAAAGGAAACUCUAAGAGAUUUUUAUUCCAAAAAUCCAUCAAUUCUUGAAUUGACAGAAUAUGAAAGAUACAAAAGACCUGAUGUUAGGAGAAUAGCUUAUCAGUGCCUGACGGAGUACUUGAAUCCUCUAAUAUUAAAUUACGCUAGAAGAAACAGGUUUCACCAAAUAUUUCUUGAGGAAAUGCCCUGGAGGGCUCAGAUGAACUUGUAUCUGGCAAUUACGCAUUUUCACUUGUUUUUACAAAGGCUAGGGGAGCAUAUGAAGAUGAAGUUUGGCAUUUCACAUAUGAUGGUCAGUUUUCGAUCAUGUGAUCCUAAUUUAUUCUCACUAUAUAAUUCAGGAACAGUAUUACCAACAGGAAAAAUGACUGUUGAAAAUUAUAAAGCAAUGCUUGAUUUCCUUCUUACAGCUAAGAAAAGAAAAGCCAACUUACCAUCAGAUGCUGCAGAGUUUUCUGCAUUUACUGAUUCCAGAAGUAGUGAAGAAAAUAUGUCCAAGGCACACACAUUUCAUGACUCCGACUCUCAAUCAGGUGUUAGUGCCAAAGAAAAGGACCGAGCACCAAAUUUGGGACUGGAUUAUUUUAUGAAAAUAUUUUUAUACUGCAGGAGAGCAAUGGUUCUUGCCCAUCGUGGUGGCUAUUGGACUCUGCUUCAGAACUGCUGUCGGGCCCUCUGGAACUUCACUCAGGAGCUGCAGAUACUUCUUAGUCAGGCAGUGGACCUGUAUAAGAUGUUUCCUGUGAGCCAGGAUGGUUUCCUCUGUACCUCUGUCUUACCAUUCUAUUUGGGAGCAGAAUUGCUUAUUGACAUGUUAGUACAACUACAGAAUACCAGUUCUAUUAAGUCUGUCGAAGACAAAGGAGAGUUCAGUGUUCCAAGCUAUUACGGGAACAUCAAGUCUGAUAACGGUGGUUCCAGCCUUACUUUUGAGGAUCCUUUGGAUGAUGUUAACGUGGUUGAUUUGAAGUGGAUCCAUGACUUUGUGCUAAAAUCUCUGGAAGUUUUAUAUCAAGUGGAAAAAUGGGAAACUCUAGCGUCACUUGCCAUUCAGUUCAAUAUGAUUUCACAUGAGAGAUACACAGAACAGGUGACGCCACUCCUGGUGUAUGCCCAGCAUCAGCUUCUUCUGAGAAUACAGAAGUUCAAUGGCCCGGAUGUUAGCCAACAGCCUUGUGCAAGGUAUGAGGCUGAACAUGGAGAGAAGCUCACCUGCCGAAAUUUCAUGGGGAAGCAGCUGAAGAUAGAUUGUCUGCCUAGUGUUGUAGCAGAAGCAGGAGGCACUGCAGAUGCACUAAAGGCGCUUAUCUAUUCAGAGUACAUACGAGCCAAACAGCUUGUCUCUGUGCCUGUGGAUGUGACAGACACUUUGAGAUGCUUUAGAGAGACCCUGGAGAAAUCCAAAUACCAUAACCGAUCCUUCCGACACAGCCGAAAGUUGCUUUCAUUAUUGCUCGCGCAGACACAAGGAGAGAAAGGAGGAAUAAACAAUGAAAAAUUCUCUUCUGGGAAGGUGGAUUUUUGUCUGGGGAUAGAAGAGAUGCACAUGUCAACACCCCCUGACCUUUCUCAGGAGCACUUCAGAGUGUUUAGUUCAGUGGAGAAAAGCAAACUCUCCUAUUCACAGCUCGGAUUGGUAAUUUCUUCUUAUCACCGAACUAUUGAUGUUCUCCAAGCCAGCAAUCAAAGAAGUCUUAAAGUUCAGGCCUUGCAUACACUUGGAAAUCUUCUCAUCUUUGCAGAAAAGGAAAGGGCUGCUUUAAAGUGUUGGUGUCAAGCUCUUGAUGACAUAUUCAGAAAACCCAAUGUGCUGCACACCUGGAAAGAGUGUGCUCCCUCCCUCCCCUUUGCCACCAGUAGCUGUUCACCUCGGGGCUUCAAAGACUACAGUGAGGAAUUUCUGUCAAAAGUUGGCAUUUGGGGAUGUUUGCAAGGCGCAGUGAUAUCGGCGAAGAUAGCACAGUUUAUUAAGACAAUGAGCGUUAAGAAGAGAGUCAGCUGUUGCAUACUGUCUGCAUUGCUCUUCCAGGGUUUGCUUCGAACUACACUACCACAUCCCAGAGCUGAGCACUGCUAUGCCCAGUAUGAAAUCACACAGCUUCUUCCCGGUGUCGAGCUUUUCUCGGAUACCUGCAGGGCUGACAUCUGCUCUGUAGCUGCCAGCUUGUAUUACGUUAUCCGGGAGCUGCACUUUGUUAAGCACAAUCUAAUAGUCCUGCCUCUCCUUGCACUGUAUCAAUAUUUUGUCUCUGGAAUUUGCCAAGACCUAGUCAGAAACCUAGAAGCAAGAAUUCUCAAGAUAGAAGUUCUUAUUGAUUUAGGUUUCUUUUCCGAAGCCUUUUUUGAGCUAAUGCAGAUUUUUAAUGGAAGAAAUAUGCCUUGCUCAAUCCCUUCCUGCUGUAAAGUUCCUCCAAAAAUUAAGACAUUCCAGUUGUUUGACUCAGGAAAACCUCUCACCAGUAGAGAAAAUAUGCAGGCACUUGAAGAAUUAAUAACAAAAAGCUUACCUCAAACUCUGGUCACUAUUGGCCGACAGCAUCUCUUAAAUAAAUUUUGCUUUGUUAAGGCAUACUUUCUCCUUAGUGUGGCUGCAACAAUAAAUUGUAUCCCGGAUAAUUCACUGAAAACGCUCUACUCAGGACUUACUACUGAGAAGAGCAGACUAAAUCUCACAAACUUGAUAGAGCUCCAUUUAAAGGAUGACAGAGGCUCAUUUUGUCCGCUUAUGAAAGUUAAAGAUGAGUCUACUCUUAGCAUGAUAAAGUCUAUUCUACUGAUGGAAGCAGAAGACAAGCUGAACCUCCUCGUGUCUGAGGCGGAGCAUGCUGGCCACGAGAACCUGUCCCAGUGCCCUGCUGGCGAGUUGGAGAUUGUGGUGGAAGCCAGGCUUCAGCUGGCGGCAAUUGCCCUACAGAGGCACCAGGCGGCAUACAGUGCUGCAAUAGUAUAUUCCACACUUAAACUUCUCCAAGAUUCAAAACUUUUUAAAAAGAAGGUAGUACAGGAUGAUGCGGAGAAUCCCAUCUCUUCAGGAACUUCCGUCACAGAAAAUAAAGAUGAUAAUGAGCUUUUGGAUCCGAUUUCCUUGAACGCCCGAGAAUAUUUCAAUAUCCAUCUGUGGCUGCGGUGCCGCUUAGCACUCGUGACUGCAUUUGUCGCGCAGAUCCGUGGCAUCGGAAUUGUGAAAGAGAACGAUAUGACAGAUUGUUUGAGCCUCAUCAAGGAAGUGUGUGUGGAGGCAACAAGCGCUGAUGACACGGAGAUGGAGGCUGAAUUUCUGAUGCAGGCUGUGAUCCUUGGCCUGCAAGAAAAGCAUCUAAAGGCCGACAUCAUCACAAACCUUCAGGAUAUAAUACAUUUGCUUGAAGGAAAUGAGUUUAUUUCUCCUCGGUCUUGGUUAACGCUGGCAAGAAGCCUUGUUUUACUGGAUGACCUAACAAAAGCUGAGAAAUUUAGGCAGCAGUCUCCCUCCUCAAAAACAGAAAUAUUAAAAUUUUUGACUCAGGCUCACAACAUUCUUAUUGAACAGAUGCUAACUUUGGGAGAAACAAUUGAAUUUCCUUUAUCAAAUUCUGAAUAUGCAAAUCCAUUACAGCCUUUAAAAAAUAUAUGGCUUCCUCAUGUCAUGUUAUUGGCCAAAAUAAAAAUGAGAAUUGGACAUACUCUGGCCAAGCAAGCAUAUCACAGCAAUAAGAGAAAGGACUCCUCGAAGUGGGUUCCUGCUCUUCAUCUUUUUGAGGUGGCCUUGAGGCUCUGUAAGACAACGGUUGUAGAGGAGAGGGAGGUGGAGGCUGAAAUCCUUUUUCAGAAAGGCAAAAUAGAACGUCAAAUACUGAUAGAAGAGAAAUCUCCAAGUAUGAAACUUGAGAGUUUAUGUGAAGCUAUACAACUAAGCUUGAAAAAUGAUCAGAACUCGGGAUUGAUAAGAGAUGCCUACCUAGAAAUGGCUCUGUUGUGUUUUCAUCUAAAGAUUUCAAAGAGGAAAGUUUCACAGACACCAUCCACAGUUAAGCCUCCUGUCAGAAGGACUAGUUCUAGUAAAGAACCAGUCCUAAGUCGAUUUGAACUCUGCAGUUUAUUGGCCUGGAUUGCAGUGAGAGCCGCUACCCAGGUCAGUGAAGCUGCACUGGCAGUUAACCUCCUCAUCGGAAAGAAGAGUUCCAGGGCCGACACAGUGGCUCCGAUGGUCUUGCCGAGCAUUCCGGAAUUUGCCACUGUGGACCUUCUCACCUCAUACCCAGAUUAUUUGCUUGACAACUACCAAGUCACCUUCCAGACUUGCUCUGCAUUUUUGUACCAAAAUGAUGAUUUGUGUGACGGCACAGUUGCUACAGAAAACACUCAGACCAAAGUGGAUAUUACGUGGGUCCUCCUGCUGCGAUACUAUAUACACCUGCAAAGAAUUAAUAACAUGAGCAAGCUGCUAGCCUCUGCAACACCAGGAUCUGGAAUCUCUUUGCCGGAUGAUACUCUUCUCACAUCCCUUCAUAACAAUGAACUGAUUUUGCGCCAAAAAGAAAUGCAUUUUUUUCUUAAAAAAUUCUUACAUCUGUAUUCUUCUUCUUGUAUCGAUGAAUUUCCAAAGGAACUUCUUCAAGGAAUGGAAAAUCUGGCUGAUUCAGAAAAAGCCUCAGAUGAAUCAUCGGCCAAGCUAUAUCGUGACAAUUCUCUACAGUCUGUUUUAUCUUUGAGGCCUUUUGCCAACCAAUAUUUUGUGGACAAGAUGUCAGCAGAAAUGGCAACACAAGCUUUAGGCAAAGAACUUUGCUUUCAGUGGUACAUCCCUCCCCUGGAUCGACCUCCAGAAGAAACAGAACCCAUGGUUCUGUUGUUGUAUGCAUAUAAUAUAAAGCCCAUGACGAUUAUAGAUAUUAAAAAUUCCACUUCUAACAACAUAUGUGUUGGCUCUUUGUGGCUUCCUCUGAAAAGAGUUAUUUCAAUUCACGAGAAGCUAUCUAAUCUUGCACAAAUAGCUGAAAUAUCAUUGCCAUCAAUUCCUGAAAUUACUUCAGAUGAAGACGUAUAUGAAACAAAAGAAAUGGAGGAAAAGCCGAUUGAUACAGAUAUAGAAAACAUGAUAAUUGGAUGUUGCUCUGAAAUAAGAGCUCUCCUUGUGCAUGACAGAGAGCUAACACCACUGACCGAGGUUCCAUUUGAUGUCUCACUGCCUUCCAUAUUCAAUCUUGAGAGACUUUUUGACGUCGCUAAUGGCUGUCUUGUAUCAGGAGGAAGCCUUUUCAACUGGAUGGUGUCCAUUAUUCCCUGAACCUCCUUGAUAUGGGGAAGGAUUGGACGAGAAGGAAAUGAAAAGCGGUAAGACCUACAGGAAGAGAAGAGGACCCAUGCCAUGUUGUAAUGCAAGGGAAAUCAACAAAACAUUUACUGGUUAAGUGGAAAUAUGAAAUAAAGUUUGGUUCAAACAUCGCCAUUUGGAUGGUGAUGGCUUGUGUGGUGAAGACUUCCAGGCCCUUUGAUCCGGAACCGGGUUUAUCAAUACCCUUCUGAAAUAGAGAACUCUGGUGCCUUGUAUAUCUCAAUAGAAGAAGUUCAAUUUGUUCUGCAAAAGUCAGCCAUUAAGGGCAAAAAAGGUGCAGCACAUUUACCUACACAUUUAAAUGCUGGUAUAGAAAUCUAACAGGACCAACGAUCAAGACCAUUCAUUUCACCAUAAUGUCAGUUUACCAAGAAUGUAUAUACCCAUGGUCCAUUGUUCAUCGCUAUUAAGUUUAGGUUAGACGAUUUUCAUUUUCCUUAUUUUAAAUAUUAGUGUGUACGAACUGUUUUAAAGAGCCCUACAGUGAUACCUGGUACACAGAAGAGGUCUAAAUUAUUUCUGCGUGCUGAGUGUCUGGAUGGGACUAUGCAUGGAUGGGUGGAUGUGACGGAGGCAAGAUUACAUCGUGGAUCCUUAAAAAUCAGGGAGGCAGAGGCAUCGUCAACACCUCCACCCUCAUUACAUGACCACAGUUGCCCACCUCUACUGGGGCGUCUGCCGUAUGAAGCACUGUAUUAAUAAGUACCAGUACUUUGUAUGCAUUAUCUCCCUGUCUUCAUGACAGUGACGACCAACAGGCACAUUGUGUUACUGACUCCAUGUUACACAGUGGGAAACAGAAGCAUAAGGCAGUAUUUGACUUGCCCGGAGAUCAUGGCCAGAAGUAGGAGCCAGGAUUUAAAUCCCGAUUGAGAAACGUGAGCUCUUCACUGCAUCCACUCUAAGGCUGUGGGAAAGUUUUGAACCAAGUGAGAGAGUAAGACACAGCUGUGUCCCAAGCUAAAACUGGAACAUCUGUGAUUCUUGGUUUAAAUGACUUGCAGCCCAGAGUGGAAGCCCUAGAAACAUAGUGGUGGGGGAGAUGUUGUGUACUCCAGCUUAGUGCUCUCCUCUGGGGAAGGCAGGCUUCUUUCCAGUGGUGCAGGUAAUACAAAGUUAGAUAUUUACAUGUGCUGUUAUUUUGGGUGUUGUGUUGCCUGUGCUACAGAAACACUCUCCAAAACUGCACCAGACCCUGAAGCCACAGCUUCGCCAUUUUAAACCAUCCUAGAAAUUCCCAAGCUCUUCUAACUAAAAUAGAAGCAACACUUGCUACUUAAAGCUGGAACUUUCUCUGCAAGGCAGUGAGGAAGUGGUGAUGAA